UCCAAUCCGAGGCUUGAUUUUCUCGUGGACCUGGCCCUUACCCAUUGGUACCAAAACGAUUAAACAUCAGCUCUCUCCAUCUCUGUGCUGCUGCUGCCUACAGGGUCACACGGGGGAUUGAAUGGCGUUGAAGAUAGAAGACAACUCUAUCUUAACCAUGACGAUGGCACUAUUUGAAGCACCACCAUCCUUUAACUGCAACUAUCCACUCUUCGCCUCCUCCAGAAACACAUCCACAGUCGUCAUUUCUUGCUCUGCUUCAAGUCUUCCUCCUCCAUCAUCUCCGAAAAUCCCGGAAGGGGGAACCACUAACCCCAAUUCACUUAAUACUGCUCCUGACCGCUCCAGGGAUCGGCGAAAGGUCGUUCGACUGGCCUGGGAGAAGCUUGUCCGCUGGUCCCGCUCUUGGCGCUCUAAGAACAGGACUGACGUCCUCCAACAAACCAACAAGGUUGUGGUGCUUGGAGGAGGAUCUUUUGGUACCGCGAUGGCUGCCCAUGUCGCUAAUAGAAAGGCUGAUUUAGAGGUUCACAUGCUUCUACGUGAUCCUUUAGUGUGUCAAUCGAUCAAUGACGACCACUGUAAUUGCAAAUACUUCCCAGAGUACAAGCUACCAGAUAAUGUCAUCGCCACCACUGAUCCUAAAACUGCUUUGAUUGGUGCAGACUAUUGCCUUCAUGCCGUGCCUGUUCAGUUCAGCUCAUCAUUUCUUGAGGGCAUUUCAGAAUUUGUUGAUCCAGGCUUGCCUUUCAUAUCCCUUAGCAAAGGCUUGGAGCUGAAUACAUUGAGGAUGAUGUCUCAGAUUAUUCCCCAAGCAUUGAAGAAUCCUCGCCAGCCUUUUGUUGCAUUAUCUGGACCUUCUUUUGCACUGGAAUUGAUGAAUAAGUUACCAACAGCAAUGGUGGUGGCAUCGAAGGACAAAAAAUUGGCAAAUGCUACUCAACAGCUACUAGCCUCUUCUCAUUUAAGAAUAAGCACUUCAAGUGAUGUUACAGGGGUGGAGAUCGCAGGUGCUCUAAAAAAUGUGCUUGCCAUUGCAGCUGGGAUUGUGGAAGGAAUGCAUCUUGGUAAUAAUUCAAUGGCGGCUCUUGUUGCACAAGGUUGUUCUGAGAUACGAUGGCUGGCUAUGAAGAUGGGUGCCAAGCCUGCAACAAUUACUGGUCUGUCGGGAACAGGAGACAUUAUGCUUACAUGUUUUGUUAAUCUUUCAAGAAAUAAAACUGUUGGAGUGCGUCUUGGAUCAGGGGAGCAGCUUGAUGAUAUACUAAAUUCCAUGAACCAGGUAGCAGAAGGUGUAUCAACAGCAGGAGCUGUGAUUGCAUUAGCUCAGAAAUAUAAGGUUAAGAUGCCAGUUCUGACAGCAGUUGCUCGGAUCAUAGAUAAUGAACUGACCCCGAAAAAGGCUGUUCUUGAGUUGAUGAGACUCCCUCAGGUUGAAGAAGUUUGAGAAGAAGGUGGGGGGAAUCCUGAGAUGCCUUGUUCCUGUCCAGGAGCUUUUUUUUUCUUUCAAUUUUACCUCUUUUAUUUUUUUUUUUCAUUUAUCAUGUAAUGUUCCUGAACUUGGUCCACAGGGAGAUUUUGUAAUCUAGGGUUUAUAGUCAUUGCAAGAAAAGUAAAGUGAAAAAAUUUUAACAAUA